AUGCACCACGAAGGCGUCUUGGUGCUUGCCCGGGCCAUGGUUUCGGUCAGUUUCCAGGAGCGUUGCUGGAUUUUCCAGGAGCUGAUGGCCAUCCUCAACUGCAGGGAUGAUAGGCGGUACAUCCCGGCCAUGGCGUUCUUCAUUCAGCUCCUCCAGUGCCCUGACCUUGGCAAUAAGCAGGAAGCCGCCAUCCUGGACCACUUGAGUGGGCAGCUGAGAGACCCCAACACUGUGGUGCGCUGGCUGGCGCUCAAAGGCCUCCUGAACCUGUCCCUGUGCCCAGAGAAGGUGGGAAAACUCCAGCGUCUGCUGCCAGAGGUCCUGGAGCAACUACAGGAGGUAGACAGGGACAUCAUCGCCGAGGCCAUCACCGUUCUGAAAAACAUCCUUGCCGGCAUGGACAGGCAGAGCGCCAGCCGCGCGGCUGUGCAAGUGGCUGAGAAACUCCUGCCUUUCAUUGAUGAUGUGACCAGCAGGCUCCGGGUGCUCUCCAUCACCCUCUUUAAACACCUGCUGGAGCUUGUAAGGGGGCUCGACAGGAGGCGGAUGAAGGCGCAUGUGCUCCAGAGCCUGGUCCCGCUGCUCCUCCUUGUGCAUGAUGAGCGUCCCAACGUGUCCCAGGUGUGUUGGGACACCCUCAGCAGUGCGGCAGAAUUCCUGAAGUGGCACCAGCUUGGUGGCUUCAUCCAGCGCAAGGAUAUCUGGCAAAGCUGUGACUGCCUGCUGACGCGCUACAAGGGGAGAGCCAACAACUUUCUGUGCCAGACCAUGGCCUUUCUGGAGAACCCACAGACUCCACUUAGACAAGCGGCCAUCAGGUUCAUAGGGCUCGCUGCCCGGCAGCUGGACCAGAGGAGCCAGGACAAGCUGGAUGCCAUCUGCAACGACCUCAAAGGCUUGCAGCAGGACAGCAACUCCUCGGUCCAAAGCCUGGCUUCUCAGACCAUCUUCAUCCUGGAGGCGUUCAAGAACCACCCGCCAGCCCACAGCAGCCUAUGGACAUGCUUUCAUAGGAUAAGAACAAUGUGCACUAAGGAGAGCCCGGUCAUUGAAGCUGCCCAGCUGCCCUAGCUCUGGGAAAAGCCAGCCUCCCUUCCCUGGGAGCUUCGUGCCAGACCAUGGCUUCUUCCCCAUUGGCCGCCUGCUCUGCGCAGCCAUGUGAGUAGUUAACUGCUCGAUAGCUUUCAUCACCAUGUACUUUUUGAU